AUGGCCACAGUCGGUUCGUUGCUGACCGCCAGUCGAACAGCUUCUACUUGGUCAUUAGUCAGGACCAUUGUUGUUCCUCGAAUUGGCGAGCGAGGUGUGACUCAAAUCGGUGAGGGUCUGCAUAUGCGCGAUCGCCUCGUAAAUAGGGUCGGCGCGGUUGGUCUGUCUGCCGAGGCGCACGUCUAUUAUAACGAAGGUAAGUGCGCCAGUGUGGCGACCGUACCCUUCGUCGGGGUACAGGGGCAGGAACUGACGGGCCAGCUUGCACAGAGCUGUACGGGCCCCAGGGAACGCCGGCGGUUCCGAGAAGCGCAUGGCGCAGGAUACGUUAGCGCGGGUAGCCAUCACGAAAUUGUCCUCCCUAAUGUCCUCAAAGCUAAAAUCGCAAAUCGAGUGGGUCAGGGUCACGGCGUCAGGCGCUGCCUUGAACACGGCUCUAACGGAGGCGACCGUCCCUACCCGCGUGAACUUGCGCGACAAAAUGAUGCCGUACACUGGUUCCGGGAGCGUCACUGGCGUCACAAAUGCGAACGACUCCGCGCGGAAAAAGUAAGAGGAGUUCAUGCGAAGCGUUGUGGUGCGGGGGUAUCGCGACGCGGUGAGGGUCUCCUCGGGUUUCCGAAGGGCUUGCCGAGUGGGCUUCAGACUAUACACCCAUACAAAGUCCGUAACCGAUACCUUGUCUUUAUCGAAUCCGCGCAAUCCCGUUAGAUGGUUGAUCGCGUAUUGAUCGAGGACAAUGCAGUGGGGAUCCCUGCGGUCUGGUCCGACUAAGUAGAAAUCCUUGGCUUCGAGGAUGACACCAGUUCCCCAACCUGUUGGCACUACCUGGUAAAGCACCGGCCGACGCUGAUUACGUGUGGUGGGGUCAAUAAGGGACUGCCGGGGAUCGGUGUUGAGGGGGACUUUAUCCACAUCUAUAUCCCGGUAUCUUCCCUGUUGCACUGACCUGAUGGUGUCUGCGGUGAUGAAGCGAAUGUCAAUGGAAUCUUCGAGGUGCGCUGGAGAUAG